AUGGCCUUACGACUCCUCGUCAACACGGGACUGUUGGCCAUCCCGAUCGGCGGCGCGCUCGGCACACUAUUUGGCAUCGAUGCACACCGGGCAGCAACCGGACAAUCGCCGCUCUUCAGCAACGAUGGCGACAGCAGCACUGGAGGGAGCGGCUCCGGCAGCGACAGCACCGGCGGCGGCACCGGCGGCAGUGGCAGCAUCACCAACAACGGCGUGACCACCACGCAAUACUGCGAACUCUCCUGGGGCAUCUCGCCGCCGAGCGAUGGCCAGCACUAUACCCUCAACCCCAAUCAGUGGGGUGUCACCGAUUCGACCAGCGGAUCACUAUGUAUGAAUGUGACCACUAAUAAUAAUGAAACCUAUGCGACCUCGACAACGGCUCCGGGCUUCUCGGUCACUUGGCAAUACGAUACCGGCCCAACGUCCCAGCCCGUGCACGCCUUCCCCAACAUCAUGAUCGAUAACAUCCUGCCGAUCGAGCUGGGCAAAAUGACCGAGGUCAAUUUCGACGUUCACUGGACCUAUGGGGUGGGCAGCGUCGUCGCAGAGUCAACCGAUGACACCGCCCUCGACAACGAUGACCUUCAAACCAACGUCGCGAUCGAUAUGUUCUUUGACUCCGACAAGGAAACCGCCCAGAACAGCACCAAAGCCAAGUACGAAGUCAUGGUCUGGUUUGCCGAUUACGGUUCUUCCGCCCAGCCCAUCGGUCUAUCGUCGGGCGCAGUCACAACCAAGACCCUGAACGGAACCACUUUCAACCUAUACACUGGCACCAACUCAGACGAACAAAAUGUCUUGUCCUGGGUCGCGGAAACGACGACGCAGACCUUCUCAGGAGACCUCUACCCGUUGAUCACGGAUCUCUACACGCUUUCCGGUGAUGUCUAUCCAUCAAGCUCGGACUACAUGGGAGUCUUCCAGUUUGGCACUGAGGCCUUCUCAUCAACGAAAAACGUCACGUUCUGGGUGCCCAAACUGGCAAUAGAUAUUCAGAAGUGA